ACAGUUCUCAUCAAACAUUAAGUAUCAAUCAAGAGAAGAAGAGUGAGAAGAAGAGAUAGAUCAUGGCAACUACUCCAAAAUGGAUCAUGGUGGGAGGAGAAGGUCCUGAGAGUUACAACCAGAACUCCUCGUAUCAGAGAGCACUGUUAGAAGCGGCAAAAGAAAAGAUGAGCGAGGCUAUCAAGGCCAAACUCAGCCUUGAUUUGAUCUAUGAUCGCUUCAGUGUGGCAGAUUUUGGUUGUGCGAGUGGACCUAACACUUUUGUUGCAGUCCAAAACAUCAUUGAUGCAGUUGAAGACAAGUACCGCAAGGAAACCGGACAAAACCCGGCCGAGAACAUCGAGUUCCAAGUCCUCUUCAACGACUUUACCACUAACGAUUUCAACACUCUCUUCCAGUCACUUCCUGCGGGCAGAAGAUACUAUAGUGCUGGUGUUCCUGGUUCCUUCUUCGAACGUGUUCUUCCUAAAGAGAGUUUCCACAUAGGAGUUAUCAAUUACGCAUUCCAUUUCACCUCCAAAAUCCCCAAAGGGAUCACGGACCGCGACUCUCCAUCCUGGAACAGAGACAUGCAUUGCACUGGGUUCAACAAAGCGGUCAAGAAAGCAUAUCUUGAUCAGUACUCAGCCGACGCCAAGAUUCUAUUAGAUGCUAGAGCCGACGAGCUCGUCCCCGGGGGAUUGAUGUUGCUUUUUGGAUCGUGUCUGAGAGACGGAGUUAAGAUGUCCGAGACCUCCAAAGGAAUAGUGUUGGAUGCUGUCGGAGCUUCUCUUAACGACCUUGCUCAACAGGGUGUUAUCGAACAAGACAAGGUGGACUCUUUUAGCACGCCACUCUACUUUGCAGAAGAAAGUGAGUUGAAGCAAAUCAUAGAGGAAAACGGGAGAUUCACAAUAGAGGCGUUCGAAGAUAUCAUUCACGCAAAGGGGGAGUUUACGCUUGACCCCAAGGUUUUGGCAGUCUCUUGCAGGGCCUCCUUUGGAACUUUCCUAUCUCAACAUUUUGGAGAGCAAGUCUUUACCAAAGUCUUUGAUCUCAUCGAGGCCAAGCUACGCCAAGAGCUUCCUCGCCUCCUUAAUGCCAAACCCGGAAUGCAGUACCUAAUUGUGCUUCGAAAGAAAAACUAAUGAUCCAAAACUAUUAUUGUGUUUCCAUUAUUGUUCUUUUGUCAGUCUAUUGAUGCUUUGUCUUCUUCUACUUCGCUGCUAUGCUACGUGUUUGUAUUCUCAGUCCUACAAAUUAAUAAAUGUCUCUCUACGGGUCAUCAACCAUAUAAAAACAUUGGUGGUCAAUGACAAUAUCAUUCCUG